AUGAAACUGAAGAUUCCACUUUCUAGUAUAAAAGAGAGUCUUGUAAUUCGCCUCCCAAAGUCAGCUUUAGAGAAGAACGAGCCACCAAAAGUGAGUUUGAACAAAAUAGUGGAGGACAAGAUGCAGUUUCUGCUCAACGCAAUAUACGCAGUGUGCAUUGAUGAUAUAAAAGAACAGGAAAAGCGACGGAGAAUUAUUCGGCUGUACACAAAAGAAACAAACGAAUUGGUGAAAAUACUUACACUGCUUUUGGCAUCAAAACAUGCGCCAAAAAUAGAUCAUUUGGAGUCAAAGAUACUGAAACUGCAGCAGUACAACAAAGAGCAGGAAGAGCUCGCAGAUUUGCUCGUGUACAAAUGCAACGACCUAAAGCUAGAGGCGUCUUCAUCGUACGACAUCACCCGGUCAGUUGAUGUUCUCCUGCACGGACAGGUGAACUUUCCAACGGAAAUACUAGCACUUGCCAAGUCACUGACAAAAAAAGAUAGCACCCCCAAAAAUUUUGAAAGAGUAGAUCAGCUGCUCAACUUGCAUGUGCAGAAGUCGGGGAUAUGGACAGAUGAAAACACGUCGUAUUCGAUAAAAGACGGAGUCCUGGAGCUGGACUCUUACGGGUACAAAAGCACACUCAUCAUGACAAAAAAAGACAACGAGUAUGUCUGGCACGUGCUUAGCAUGAAACAGCUGGACGACGACACAAAGAGCAUCAACAUCAAAGGGAUUGUUUUUAAAAAUACGAUUAAAGAGAUUGUGAACAUGACGAAGUAUGCAUCGUCCGUUGUGCAAAUAGAAGAAAUAUACCGAAUUUUCAAGAACAAGAUAGAGAGCAAAAUCUUUGAUAUGGAGCUCUCGGGAACAAGCAAAAACUUUACGGUUUCUAUCCUUGGGAUGUACAAAGCACAGAUCAGCAUUGCAAAUAGGUGGGACGGCCCGAACAUUGUGUGCCAUGUGCAGCACAGCAGCACAUCAGCCAUCUUCAAAGAAAAUAUUAUCAACAGUUUGUUUUUGCACAUAGAAACCAGCUUAAAGAAAGAGUUUACUUCCAACACACACAUUUCUCUCGAAAAAGGCCUCUUCUAUAGAGAUAGGCCGAUGCACACUCUUCGAGAGCUACAGAAAGAGGUAGCAGUGGAAAAAAACACACAAAAAACCGUUAUUCCCAAAGUGAUAUCCAAAACAAAAGUGAAUGUAAUGUGCAAUGGAUCUAUUUUGCAGCUCAACAUUGUAAUGCGAACACGGUCUGAUUUAUUUAUAGGAGUGUACUGGAAUGCAUCGCAGACUGCUGUUCGUUUGUUUUACGGAAUAUUCCAAAUGAACAGUUUGCUCGUUGCCAAUGAAAUGCCCAUUAUUCACCUGGCGCCAGGCUCCAAGCCGCUAUCUUCGCUUUCCUCGCCCUCUGAUGAGUGCGUAUCUAGCCAGGUGCACAGCAAUAGAUCUAGCCCCAGUGACGAGCUAAGUCCUCUAUAUGGCAGCGCAGAGCCAUCGCUAGCACAGUCGCAAAUUACCAUUGAAACAUUCUACAGGCCCAAGCAAAUCAUACACACUAUUUUUGAAAAAGCAAAACACUUUUUAGCCGUUAUUUCUUCGUAUAACACGGUAAAAGCUCUUAAGGGAGCAAACGCACGAAUAUUCCUAGACAAACACAUCGAGCUGCAUCUUUUUAAUUCUGUUCUGCUGAAGCUGGAGGGACUAGGAAAAAAUAAAAUACAUUCUACUAUUACGUCUAGCAAAGUAUCGAUAGAAGAUAAGCUGUCUGUCUCUGAGAUAGAGAAGCUGGUCUGGAUAUCUGUUAUUACAGAGGGAAUUGCAUGCAACAAACACAUUUUCCUUCCUGAUUUCUACAAGAGAAUCACAGUCGAAGGAAAACUUGCAAAUAAUCAAGCCAGUGCAGAAAUGACAUUUGCACAAGAAAAAAUAGAGUUCACACUGUCAUACUCGAAAGGGCGCAUAGAGUGUCUUUCGCAGCAUCCUUUGGUGUCUGUCUGGGUGGCAUCGGUUAUCAACGAGAAAAGCAAGCAGGGACUGAGCAAUAUAUUCCUCUACCAAGACGUAUUGGUGUAUCCAGGCCUUGUAAGCACACUUCAUCUGCACAACACUCUUGGCGGGUCUUUAAAACACACCUGCCAAAGUUCCAUUAUGUACACGAUUAAAAAGUUCAUCGAUGUCUACUGGAAAGACUCAUCUGAUAGAAUAUCCAGCGCUUUCAAGCACAUACCGAAAAUAAGAGAAACUGCAACAGAUGCCACCAUAUCCCUUCAGUAUUUGCAAAUAUUUUUAGAGACUAUUUCCAGACUAUUAUCAGAGGAAAGAAUCCAGCAAAUGGGUGGCCGCGUGAGAAUAGGCAGCGGCAAGGCGCAUUCGGAGUAUCUCCUGGAAAUGAAGGACAACAAACUUGUGUGCGAGAAAGUAGAGGGAAAGAUAAUUAAAAAUGCAGAAAUAAUAUUAGAAAGAUGUCCUGACCCGGAAAAAGAGCUUCUAGAACACAAUUUUCAUUUCUUACCUAAUGGGCUCUAA